GUACCUCCGAGAGGCUCGGCGUUGAGCUCGGGCAGGGCCAGGUGGCUGCCCUUUCACCUAGGGUAGACCCUGGUCGCCUCCGCUCUUCGCCCAAAAGGGGAUGCAGCUCCGGGAAAGUAAGGCCGCCGCGGCUGCGGCUAUAUUAUGUAUCUGUCUUAGAGACGCGAGUCUAUCUGCCUUCAAGCUUUCCUGGGCUCUCGUCGCUCCUCCUCCCGACCCGCCCAUCCCAUCUAGGGAUGAGAAGAUUGAGGGUGCAGAGCCCUGUCCUGCAGCGGGGAUUUGCGAGCUCAACCCGGCACCCCACUGAUUACAGGAUUACGUUGGACGAAUAUUUGAGCUUAGUAUUCCCUGUUCACUGUGUGGGGUGGUGGUGGGUCGGCUAGCAAUAGUCUUGAAGGUCUACCUCUGACAUCUCAUUUCAGGAACCUGGCAUCUUCAGGGACAGUUAUCUGCUUUUUAAAGGAGCAAGUGAAUUCAUGGUAUUUUACUUUUUUGGGAAAUAUUGGAAAUGAAGAACUGCAACUGUAAUUCGAAAUAAGGAAAACUUUAAUUUUCAGUAUAAAAAUUGCUCAAAUAGAAUUGCCUGAUUUUAAUGACAAAAGGUGAAUUAUAGUUUAAUGUACUACAAGUCUUAAACUACGGAUGGGAACUAUUACAGUUUAUAAUGUCAAAAACUUUUCUUAGACCAAAGGUAUCUUCCACAAAGUAUAUGGGAGUCCACAUUUAUGUAACAGACUGGGUUGACCCAUCAUUUGAUGAUUUUCUCGAGUGUAGAGGCAUCUCUACUAUUACUGCCACAUCAUUAGGUGUGAAUAACUCAAGUCACAGAAGAAAAAAUGGGCCUUCUACAUUAGAAAGUAGCAGAUUUCCAGUGAGAAAAAGAGGAAAACUAUCUUCCUUAGAACAGAUUUAUGGUUUAGAAAAUUCAAAAGAAUAUCUGUCUGAAAAUGAACCAUGGGUGGAUAAAUAUAAACCAGAAACUCAGCAUGAACUUGCUGUGCAUAAAAAGAAAAUUGAAGAAGUUGAAACCUGGUUAAAAGCUCAAGUCUUAGAAAGGCAACCAAAACAGGGUGGAUCUAUUUUAUUAAUAACAGGUCCUCCUGGAUGUGGAAAGACAACGACCAUAAAAAUACUAUCAAAGGAGUAUGGUAUUCAAGUACAAGAGUGGAUUAAUCCAGUUUUACCAGACUUCCAAAAAGAUGAUUUCAAGGGGAUGUUUAAUACUGAAUCAAGCUUCCAUAUGUUUCCCUAUCAGUCUCAGAUAGCAGUUUUCAAAGAGUUUCUACUAAGAGCGACAAAGUAUAACAAGUUACAAAUGCUUGGAGAUGAUCUGAGAACUGAUAAGAAGAUAAUUCUGGUUGAAGAUUUACCUAACCAGUUUUAUCGGGAUUCUCAUACUUUACAUGAAGUUCUAAGGAAGUAUGUGAGGAUUGGUCGAUGUCCUCUUAUAUUUAUAAUCUCGGACAGUCUCAGUGGAGAUAAUAAUCAAAGGUUAUUGUUUCCCAAAGAAAUUCAGGAAGAGUGUUCUAUCUCAAAUAUUAGUUUCAACCCUGUGGCACCAACAAUUAUGAUGAAAUUUCUUAAUCGAAUAGUGACUAUAGAAGCUAACAAGAAUGGAGGAAAAAUUACUGUCCCUGACAAAACUUCUCUAGAGUUGCUCUGUCAAGGAUGUUCUGGUGAUAUCAGAAGUGCAAUAAACAGCCUCCAGUUUUCUUCUUCAAAAGGAGAAAACAACUUAUGGCCAAGGAAAAAAGGAAUGUCUUUAAAAUCGGAUGCUGUGCUGUCAAAAUCAAAACGAAGAAAAAAACCUGAUAGGGUUUUUGAAAAUCAAGAGGUCCAAGCUAUUGGUGGCAAAGAUGUUUCUCUGUUUCUCUUCAGAGCUUUGGGGAAAAUUCUAUAUUGUAAAAGAGCAUCUUUAACAGAAUUAGACUCACCUCGGUUGCCCUCUCAUUUAUCAGAAUAUGAACGGGAUACAUUACUUGUUGAACCUGAGGAGGUAGUAGAAAUGUCACACAUGCCUGGAGACUUAUUUAAUUUAUAUCUUCACCAAAACUACAUAGAUUUCUUCAUGGAAAUUGAUGAUAUUGUGAGAGCCAGUGAAUUUCUAAGUUUUGCAGAUAUCCUCAGUGGUGACUGGAAUACACGCUCUUUACUCAGGGAAUAUAGCACAUCUAUAGCUACGAGAGGUGUGAUGCAUUCCAACAAAGCCCGAGGAUAUGCUCAUUGCCAAGGAGGAGGAUCAAGUUUUCGACCCUUGCACAAACCUCAGUGGUUUCUAAUAAAUAAAAAGUAUCGGGAAAAUUGCCUGGCAGCAAAAGCACUUUUUCCUGACUUCUGCCUACCAGCUUUAUGCCUCCAAACUCAGCUAUUGCCAUACCUUGCUCUACUAACCAUUCCAAUGAGAAAUCAAGCUCAGAUUUCUUUUAUCCAAGAUAUUGGAAGGCUCCCUCUGAAGCGACACUUUGGAAGAUUGAAAAUGGAAGCCCUGACUGAGAGGGAACAUGGAAUGAUAGACCCUGACAGUGGAGAUGAAGCCCAGCUUAAUGCAGGACAUUCUGCAGAGGAAUCUCUGGGUGAACCCACUCAAGCCACUGCGCCGGAAACCUGGUCUCUUCCUUUGAGUCAGAAUAGUGCCAGUGAACUGCCUGCUAGCCAGCCCCAGCCCUUUUCAGCCCAAGGAGACAUAGAAGAAAACAUAGUAAUAGAAGACUAUGAGAGUGAUGGGACGUAGAAGCCAGCCUUCUAAUCAGAUUGCUACUUCACAGCUUCAUUUUUGUUUCAUUCAGUGGUACUUCAGCAGAGUUAAUAUGCUUUUCUGAUGAAUUACACAACAGUUUGUUAAUUCUUCAUUCUUGUAGUAUUUCAUCACAAGAAACCUCUUCUGUCAUCUUGAAGUAAAUAGAAGAUCAAGACUUCAAAUCUCUUAAUUUUUUCUGUAUUUAUUAAAUCUGUGAGUGGUUUAAGGAGCGGUCAGUGUGUAUAAAGUGUGUUUGAACAUUAUGCCAAAUAUCAAAAUGUGAAGGACUAAUUCAGGAUGCAAAAACGUUAUGGGGGGUUGUAAAUAUGAACUAUACAACAGUUUAGGAUGCAAUUAUGAGUGUAAACUGUGUGCCUUAUUUACACUUUAUUGUCUCCAGCUUCUCAGAUAAAGUUUUGAUGUGUUGUACAGUGGAAUAUCUUAGAUACUUUUUGGAAAGUAUUUACAUAAGUUAUAUCACAAUUAAAAUGUUGAAUUU